GGAAGUUGAUGUUCACGAUGACAACUAUUUGUAUAGUACCGCCAUUUUGUUGUUGCUGCGCUUCUCUUGUCGACUUAGAUUAAAAGCCGGCGAUUAAAAUAAAUCUGGCCGCUACGCGGCCAUCAGCAUAGUAUUGUUUUCGUUCUUUUUCAGGCAAAAUAGGAGGCCAGCGAGAUGCAUCUGUACAAUUUGACCCUUCAAGGGUCUACUUGCAUCACUCAUGCCGUGCAUGGGAAUUUCUCUGGCACGAAACAGCAGGAGAUUAUUAUAUCACGCGGUAAAACUUUGGAGUUGCUUCGACCCGACCCCAAUACCGGCAAAGUGCAUACAUUGAUGAAGGUGGAGAUAUUCGGCAUCAUACGCUCUAUGAUGUCAUUCAGACUCACGGGUGGAACUAAAGAUUAUAUUGUCAUUGGAUCAGAUUCUGGACGCAUUGUGAUUAUGGAAUAUAUUCCUGCCAAAAAUAUCCUGGAAAAGGUUCAUCAAGAAACUUUUGGAAAGUCUGGAUGUCGAAGAAUAGUUCCGGGACAAUAUUUGGCAAUUGACCCAAAAGGCAGAGCUGUUAUGAUAGGUGCAAUAGAAAAACAGAAGCUUGUGUACAUAUUGAACAGAGAUGCAGAAGCCAGACUAACAAUCUCAUCACCUCUAGAAGCACAUAAAUCCAACACAUUAGUGUACCACAUGGUUGGUGUGGAUGUGGGCUUUGAGAACCCAAUGUUUGCUUGUCUUGAAAUAGACUAUGAAGAAGCAGAUAGUGAUCCUUCUGGUGAGGCUGCCCAGAAGACACAACAAACAUUGACUUUUUACGAGCUGGACUUGGGACUCAACCAUGUAGUGAGAAAAUAUUCUGAACCUCUUGAGGAGCAUGCAAACUUUUUGAUUACAGUCCCUGGUGGCAAUGAUGGUCCAUCUGGUGUCCUUAUUUGCUCUGAAAACUAUUUGACAUACAAAAACUUGGGUGACCAACAUGACAUCAGAUGCCCCAUACCUCGCCGCCGGAACGACCUUGAUGAUCCUGAAAGAGGCAUGAUUUUUGUGUGCUCUGCGACACAUAAAACUAAAUCUAUGUUCUUCUUUUUGGCACAAACUGAGCAAGGAGAUAUCUUUAAAAUAACCAUAGAAACUGAUGAUGACAUGGUGACAGAAAUCAAGCUGAAAUAUUUUGACACAGUUCCAGUGGCCACAGCGAUGUGUGUUUUGAAGACUGGUUUCUUGUUUGUGGCCUGCGAGUUUGGAAAUCACUUUUUAUACCAAAUUGCUCAUUUGGGAGAUGAGGAUGAUGAGCCUGAGUUCAGCUCUGCCAUGCCCCUGGAAGAGGGCGACACAUUCUUCUUUGCUCCGAGACCCUUGAGGAAUUUAGUUCUUGUCGAUGAAUUGGAUUCACUGUCUCCAAUAUUAGCUUGUCAUGUGGCAGAUCUAGCUGGAGAAGAUACACCUCAAGUAUAUUUAGCAUGUGGGCGUGGACCACGGUCCUCUUUGAGGGCGCUUAGACAUGGUCUGGAAGUAGCCGAAAUGGCUGUGUCUGAGCUGCCAGGAUCACCCAAUGCUGUUUGGACGGUCCGGCGACACAAAGAUGAGGAAUAUGAUUCUUACAUCAUUGUAUCAUUCGUAAACGCUACGCUUGUGCUCUCUAUCGGUGAGACCGUGGAAGAAGUGACGGAUUCCGGAUUCUUGGGAACGACUCCGACUCUGAGCUGCCAUGCGUUGGGCAGCGACGCGCUGGUGCAGGUGUACCCGGACGGCAUCCGCCACAUCCGCGCAGAUAAGCGCGUCAAUGAGUGGAAAGCGCCCGGCAAGAAGUCGAUCGUCAAAUGUGCCGUCAACCAAAGACAAGUAGUGAUCGCCUUGACUGGCGGUGAACUUGUCUAUUUUGAAAUGGACCCUACUGGACAACUGAAUGAAUAUACUGAAAGGAAAAAGCUGUCGUCUGAUGUAUCAUGCAUGGCAUUGGGUUCUGUAGCGACAGGAGAACAGAGAGCAUGGUUCUUAGCUGUUGGAUUGAAUGACAAUACUGUCAGAAUUAUCUCAUUGGAUCCAUCUGAUUGCUUGUCACCACGUUCCAUGCAAGCCCUCCCUGCUGGUGCAGAAUCAUUGUGUAUAGUUGAACAACCAUUCGAGUCUGGAGCUAAAUCGGCAUUACAUCUCAAUAUUGGUUUGAGCAAUGGGGUGUUACUGAGAACUACAUUGGAUUCAGUCAGCGGCGAUUUAGCUGACACUAGGACGAGAUAUCUGGGUUCUAGACCAGUGAAGUUAUUUAAAGUAAGGGUACAAGGAACAGAAGCUGUCUUAGCGGUGUCUUCACGAACAUGGCUCGGCUAUCACUAUCAGAAUCGGUUCCAUCUGACACCUUUAUCAUAUGAAUGUCUAGAAUAUGCAGCGGGAUUUAGUUCAGAGCAGUGUGCUGAAGGUAUUGUUGCUAUUUCAUCAAACACACUGAGGAUUUUGGCCCUAGAAAAGUUGGGUGCUGUAUUCAACCAAACCUACUUGCCACUAGAUUAUACACCCAGAAAGUUUGUAAUAAAUCCUGACAACAAUCACAUCAUUAUUUUGGAGACUGAUCAUAAUGCAUAUACUGAAGAAAUGAAAAAGCAAAGAAGGGUACAAAUGGCACAAGAAAUGCGAGAGGCUGCCGCGGGUGGUGGACCUGAAGAACAGCAACUGGCUAAUGAAAUGGCUGACGCAUUUCUCUCUGAUACAUUGCCAGAAAAUGUAUUUUCAUCGCCUAAAGCUGGAGCAGGCAUGUGGGCGUCGCAGAUCCGCGUGGUGGACAUGGGGUCGGACACGCCGACGACGCUGAGCGUGACGCCGCUGGAGCAGGGCGAGGCGGGCGUGUCGCUGUGCGCGCUGCGCUGGGCGGCGCUGGGCGACGCGGCGCGCGCUCACCUGGUGGUGGGCGUCGCGCGCGCCGCCGUCUUGUCGCCUCGCGUCUGCUCCGAGGGCAGCUUGCACGUCUACAAGAUCUACGGAAGCACGGGCAAACUGGAGUUGGUUCACAAGACGCCAAUAGAUGAAUAUCCGGGCGCGUUGGCAGCGUUCAACGGUAAACUAGUGGCGGGCGUCGGUCGCAUGCUGCGGCUCUACGACAUCGGCCGGCGGAAACUGCUGCGGAAAUGCGAAAACAGACACAUUCCGAAUCUCAUUGCAGACAUCAAAACCAUCGGACAGAGGAUCUUCGUAUCGGACGUUCAAGAAUCAGUAUUAUGUGUCAAAUACAAGAAACGAGAGAAUCAAUUGAUCAUUUUCGCAGACGACACGAAUCCAAGAUGGAUUACAAAUACAUCUAUUCUUGACUACGACACUAUAGCGAUGUCUGAUAAGUUCGGCAACAUUGCUGUUAUGAGACUGCCGCAGUCUAUUUCUGAUGAUGUAGAUGAGGAUCCCACAGGGAACAAAGCUUUAUGGGACAGAGGUCUUCUCAAUGGGGCAUCACAGAAAGGCGAAAUAGUGGUGAAUUUCCAUAUUGGUGAGACCGUGACGUCGUUACAAAGAGCCACGCUGAUCCCCGGAGGGUCGGAAGCGCUGCUGUACGCGACCAUCGGCGGCUCACUCGGGGUCAUGCUGCCGUUCACUUCCAGAGAAGACCACGACUUCUUCCAACACUUGGAAAUGCACAUGAGAAGUGAAAAUCCGCCGCUAUGUGGGCGUGAUCACCUGUCUUUUAGAAGUUACUACUAUCCGGUCAAGAAUGUAAUAGAUGGCGAUCUUUGCGAACAGUUCAACUCGUUGGACACUGAAAAACAAAAAGCGAUCGCUGCAGACCUGGAGCGCACGCCGGCCGAAGUGUCGAAGAAACUAGAAGACGUAAGAACCAGAUAUGCAUUUUAAGUUAGUGAUAAUUUUAGUAAUUGCUCUGUUUAAGUUAAGAAAUAAAUUAAUGAAUUGAA